CUGAUCGCCAGCAAAUAUCCCAAGACUAUGAGGAGUGAGUGGGAGCUCAUAAAUAUGUACCACGUCAAAUUACAGCAAAUCGCCCAGAGCCAGGCUAUACUUGACGACUACAAGAACCUGACGGGUUUGAGCCGUGGCCAUAUGAGUCCCAGCUGCCACCACCCCAAUGCCAGCAGGCCAGCUACCUUCACCCUCACCAACAUAGUGCCCCAAAACGCGCAACUCAACAUGGGCGCCUGGCAAAAUUAUGAGGAGAAAACAAUGGUGAACGAGAGCCAGGGAUGUACAACCACCUAUGUCGUUGUGGGAGCUGUACCUGGGAACAACUACAUUGCCAAGGGGAGAGUUAAUAUACCGAGCCACAUCUGGUUGAGUGCCUGCUGCGAGGUCGGACCCAACCAGAGGAAGACUUGGGCAGUCAUUGCUCAGAAUAACCAGAAUGUGGUCCAGACCCUCUCUCUGGGGGAUCUGGAGGGUAUGUUGACCCAGCUCUAUGGGAGGGGCCAG